GGAGGCUCAGCCUGGCAGAUCACCUCACUAGCCUACUAAACAAACGUUCUGUCUCGGCUGUGAAAGAUGUCUAACACUGUAACGACCGCAGCUAACAGGGUGGUGGUCAUCACCACUGUACAACCCGCGGGGAACGGGAUGGGGGUCACUUCUGCCCCUCAUUUCAUGGGACAGACGGUGUCCAAAAAGCUCGGACGUUUCCAGUUAGGGCAUCCAAAAGCACUUGGGACAGUGCAAAUCAUGAUUGCUUUGGUAAUGCUGUUGAUAGGAAUCGUAAUGGCCUGGUCACCACGUCCAGACAAUAUUGGAGUCCUUAGUGGAAUCUUUGUAUGGGGGUCUAUAAUUUUUGUCAUUGCUGGCUCUCUUACUGUUGCUGCUGACAACCACCUGAAUAAAUGUCGAGUGCAAGGCUCUCUGGGAAUGAAUGUUGUUGCCGCAGUUACGUCUUUCUUCGGCCUCUUUCUGUAUUCUAUGGACACUGGGGGUAUCAUGCUGUACUACUACUGUAAUCAUCCAUCGAGUCACGGCCAUUAUUAUGAUACAGACAUUGUGUCCGGAAGCUGUCCAGCUUAUUUGACCAGAUCUCAAGGAAUUUCGGGUGUUUUGGUAAUUUUGUCGCUGCUGGAGUUUAUAGUGUCCAUCUGUGUUUCGUCCUUCGGCUGCAAAGCCGUCUGUCAGUGCUGCAAGUGCUGCCACACACCUGAGACUGUGAACUACCCACAGGAACCUGAGUGGGGUAGUAUGGGUACAGGGUUUCAACAGUACAACCCGCCUCCACAAUACACAGCCGUCUUCCCCUGAAAAACAGACCUCACAUGGAUAUUUUUCAUGUUGAAGUCAUCUUUUAGUCUUGGCCGAUGUUUCCUUCUACACAAAAUCAACUUUAUUGAUAGGCCUGUUUUAGCAAUUAAAUAAAUGUAUGUUUUAAUGUAGACCUGUUUUUAAUACAUUUAAUCAUGUUUUAUUAUUUUUAAUUCAUUGCGUGGCCCGCGAGCCACAGAUGGGCCCUGGUGGCAGAAUGUGUGGCCCUUGAUGUGCCCACCAUUGCAUUAAGGGUUGCAUGGUUUUGUCUGGUGGUAUUCCUCAAACUGAUGAUUUAUCAACCAAAGUGUGUCUAUACCUACAUUUCCUACUAAACAAAAUCAAGUUUUAUUCUAGGCCUGUGUUGUCUAUUAAAUUAAUUUAACUUAAAACCUAGGCCUGUUUCCAAAUACAUGUGAUCAUGUUCUUGUCUAGGCCUAUGCUUCCUAUUAACCAAAAUUGUGUGUAGAUUUACAGCAGUUUUUUCUAUUAAACAAGAUAAUCUUAUCUAUACUUCUAGAAUCAGUGUAUCUUAAAUUCACUCCAGGAUUCAAUGUUUUGUAUCUGCUGUGUAGUUAGUUGAGGGGUUUGUGGAGUAAUACUGGAGUGGUGAUUACUUAAAAUAAAA